UUGAAGGUUUGAACCAGUUAUGGAAUCUGUGCUGGAUUUGAUUUCCAAAAAUUUCAGUUAUCACUUGAUCUAAAUAUUUUAGAAUUGAAAUAUUUAUAUUCAAUUUACUCAUAUAUGAAUAAUUCAAUGUCAUAGUCAAAGUCAUGAUAUUUAUAAAAAUAAUGGGAAUUGCAUAAGACAGUCCCGCUAAUCGGUUCGAGGAGCAUCGAACUUUUGCUUUCCGCAAUUUCACGUGUUUAACUGUUACGUCACACUUUUUAUCUACAAAUGAUCCAGGGUCAAAUCAGCGUAGAUAGAUAACUUUUACUAAAAGAAAAACUUACUGCAUCACGAGGAUAUGACGUAAAAGGCACGUAACGAUCAGCAAAUUUUUUUGAUAUAUGAUGGAAAAAUAAUUUUAAACGUAAAUUGAAGGUCGCCCAUUUUAAACAACAGUUUAUAGAUUAAAUUAAUUUAAUAUAUAAAAUGGGAGACGUAGAAAAAGGCAAAAAAGUUUUCAAACAACGUUGCGAACAGUGCCAUACGCUAGAAGCUGGUGGUAAACACAAAACAGGGCCUAAUCUACACGGAUUAAUCGGAAGAAAAACUGGACAAGCACCUGGUUUUGCAUACACAGAUGCAAAUAAAUCAAAAGGUAUAACAUGGAACGACGAUACCUUGUUCAUAUACCUAGAAAAUCCAAAGAAAUAUAUCCCUGGUACGAAAAUGGUGUUUGCUGGUUUAAAGAAAGAAGGUGAACGGAAAGACCUCAUCGCCUACCUCAAAGUAGCAACUAAAUAAAAUAAUUAUUCCGACAUAUCAUAAGUAUAAGAGUGAAAGUUUGGUUUUGCAUGAAUUAAACAGCAUCAUUUACAAAAAGCUCUUCAACAUUCUUCAUAGUAAAAUACAAAUAGAUUGACUAUAUAUUGUUACAAUUAUGAUGAAUGUUGUUAAAAAAGUUUUAAUAAUUUAUUUGCCAAAUUUUGAAAUUCCCUUAGAAUUAUUUGUAGAUGUUCUACUUGUGAAAGUUCUAUAUAACUAUAUAUUCUGAAAUAAUAUGAGUAUGUUCUCGAAUUUUUGCAAAUCCUGAAUAAUUUUUUGACAAAAAUGUUGUUUACUUACAACCUUACAACUCUCUUUAUUUUCUAUUUAAUUCAUACAAAGACAAGAAAAAUGUUUCUGAUGAUAGUGUUCCAUUCGUCUAGUACCACUUUUAUUGUACCUAUGUCAAUGUGAGUCAAAUGGCAUAGUAUUUUAACUAAUUAGACAAUUUUUUAAAUUAUUUUAAUAUAAGUUCGGAUCUACCAGGAGUUGUGUAAAUAUGGUCAUAUGCUUAGAAAGUUGCGUUGCGUAUUAAAAAAAAAUUGUUUUUUGCUCAAUGUUUUGUUUAAAGAACUGAUAAACUAGAAAACAUUUGAUUUGAUUUGAUUUGAAUGCAAUUUGAAAAGUAGUUAAGAUAGUAGCUAUAAAAGCGCUUGGUUAUAAGCAUACCGAAAAUGUUGUAAAUAUAGGACAUCGUUAUUUUCGUUGUUAUAUUAAAUUAUUUAUUGAACAA